AUGCGAAGAGUUCCAUUUGCAACUCCUAGAGCAUCCAAAGGUCUUCCAGAGAUUUUACAGGAACAGACCUCCUUUCGCCAUCGGCACAACGCCAGAGACUCUGCUAAUGAACCCAUCCGAGGAAAGCGACAUGGAGCUUUUGUGUGUGCAGAGAUAAAACCAGCAAGUUCGAUAGUUCCUAAGGGAACAGAAAUAUUCCUGAGUGCUAGAGGGUCAUGUUCACUAGAACAGCCAAAAACAGAGAAAGGAAACUUAGUGAAAAGCUGA